AUGUCAGAGAAUGGGACCGGCUCACCAGAUUCACCCAGCUCCCAGCAUAGCAUUCCACUAAACAGGAGAAAGAGAGAGGGUUCAGUGAGCGAAGAGGAGCUACCCCCUCCUAAACGGAAUUCUUAUCAUGCUGUCUCUGUGAAGUGCCUUGUUCCUCAUCAAAUCGCCGGAAAACUCCUUGGUAAAGGAGGCGACAAGAUGAGGAAGCUCAAAGAAGUUGCACCUAAACUUUUUAUGAGCAAAAAUGACGAGUACUUCCCUAAUACAGAUGAACGCGUUUUGUUUAUCGGCGGAUCUCUGGAACAGGUGCAUACUGUUCUGGGGGAGGUCCAAUCAAAGAUUGUGGGGGCCUCGCAAGAUGUCAACAUGCACAAUCUACCUCCGAAAUGGAGACUAAACCAAAUGAAACUAGUUGUUGCUAAUUCUACUUGUAGCAAGAUUAUUGGUAACAAGGGAGAGGUAAUUAAACGGGUCCGCGAAAGCACUGACACCAAGAUCACCACAACGCCACUAAAACAAAUUGUGGGCAACGAACGUCUCAUUACAUUGUCGGGAAAGGACGAAGACGUACAGGAGGCACUGCGCCAAAUCUUGGUGUUGGUUGAAGAAGACAAGGAUGCUCGCUUACAGAAUGACGUAUCCUACAAGAAGUUCGCAACCAUCCACAACCCUUACAUCACUAGCGCAGCAGCAAGUGUGGCUGCCACAGCUAACUGUGCCUUUACAACCCAAGCUAACCCGAACCCUUAUCUUGGGUUUACUGGGGCAGCACCCGCCUGGGCUGCUAGAGCAGCGGGCUGGGAGAAUGGUUUGAUGCAGGGAAUGUUCGGACCUGUUGCUACCACAGUGGGGAACAGUGCAGGACCAAGCCAGCAUGUCCAGCAGUUACACCAACACACUGCAGCUGCAGUUGCAGCCGCGGAGAAAGCAAAGGCACCUCAGGUUCAAGUCAACGGAGCUCUACCUAACCCGGCAGCUGCAACUGCAGCCGCAACUGCAGCUGCAAGUGCAAAUAACCCAUUGGAACUCCUCGGAGCUGCCGCAGCAAGUCUUGGAGCAGCAGCUGCAUCGGGAAACAACAACGUGGUGGUUAAUAACGCUACUAUGAUCGAAUGUUUAGGAGGACUUAUCGCACAGAUUGCGCGACAACAGAGAAUGAACAAUGGCAUGUUUAAUGGAAACUAAAAUCUCAUGGCAGAUAUCGUGCUCAUAGACAUGAUAUAUCAUCUCUUUCCGAGGCUGUGAGAACAGAUCUUCGGAAUUAUUGAAUGCAAGAUCUGUGUUCUUGGAACAUGAACAGGCGAGCCAUAAGGCAGCAUAAACACUAACUGGUGCAUGGUUGCUGGUUGCUCGGAUUAAGAGAUAAUUUUGCAUGCCUUGAAAGGUCAAAUUAAUCGAAAAGUUCAGAAUCCAUUAAACUAAAUGUCUAUGGGCACAAUCUGCCAUUACCGUGAAAACAUGCCAACAAAGAAAGACUGGUUAUAUGCAGGAGUACCCAGUCAAAAGUGUAGAGCACACACAAUGGCCAGGAUAUUCGUGGCAAUCAAAUGAAGAUCGAAGACCGUAAUAUUGAUAUAUUUGUAUGCCUUAAUGAUCAUAGCAGCUGUAGUGGUGAAGUUUUAUGUAGACCGUUUUAAGUUUCCUAUUAUGAUGUUUUAUUAGUUGAAUUUAUACCUCACGUAACUAAUCUACGUAACUUACAUAAUAUUAUUAUAUAACCAGCAACAAAAACAUAUUAUGUAAUCAUACUGAACUGGAAAGUAUCGUGUUAAAUGUUAAUAUUAAUAUGUUAUAUACCUGUUUUUUUGCGAGUAAUGCGACUGUUAGGGCUUUAGUAGCCGAGUUGCGGUAAGAAUGUGUUAGGAAGGAGUGUUUUUGUGGCUAGCUAAGGUGGUUUUACCCUGUGUUUCACCUGUUUUAAAACCAUGAACCAUGUUCAUGAGUUUCGAGGCUAAAAAUAAGAUGUAAUAGUAUGUUCUAUAAUAAAUCUGGGUAAAGUUGCCUAGCCAUUAAGUUAAUAAGUUGAUCUAAUGACCAAUAUGCCAUUGACACUUCUAUGGAAGGAUAAUAAUGAUUGUAAGAAUCUCGCGUAUUAUAUAUUAAUAAAACCGAUUAUGAUAUUAUAUUGCUUUGAAUUGGGCUUACAAAUAAUAACCUAAAACACCAAAUAUUCGAUUGAUGACCGACUGGAUGAUUUUAACACUUUCUGUCACACAUAUAAUUCAAGUUUUGUCAGCAAUAAAAGAUCAUGGAAAGCUCUCCUUUUGUAUGAUGAAUAAGUUUUAUUGACUGCCUUCUUUCUUAGCCAAUCGUCAGGUCACAAAGUUACGGUCACAAUUUUAAGAUUGGUGUUUGCGGUUUUAAAUAAAAUUUAAUAUUUUUUGUUACUGAUAGUAAAGAUUACGUUAAUAGCACGCAUGUUUAUCUUGCAAGAUUUUCCUUUAGCUUCAAAGCAAAGGGGAAAUCUUGGCGUUUCCAAUGAUACAACGAUAUUGAACGAACCAAUCCAAACUAAAUUUAUUGAUGUUUGCUAGUUAUUUAAUUUUCAGUUUUCACCAUUUUAUGCCUACUAAUAUCUCUGUGUUGAGGUUAACUUAUAUGCAGUAUAUUGUUAUCAAUGUUUUUUUUACCGUCAAACAAUUGCUGGGACGGGAAAAAAACUAUGAAAAUGACUUACAGAAUUCAAUUUAAAUUGAAAUCGCGGGUCUUCGAACUGAAAAACCUUUUAUUAUAUUAUAUCAAAUCUCUCUGAUCUUUAAAUCUUUUUCAUCUAUUAAAGUUUUCCUAUUUAAUGCAAUAAGGUAGUCUAUAUUCUGAUUAUGUAGUCACUGUGU